AAUGGCGAUGUACACAAAUAAAUUCGUACGGUGCUCCCGUUUCGGGGCGAAUUUAACCGCGGUAGUGCGAAAUUUCAGUGCCGAAACCAGUCGGAAGUGGUUCCUGCUGCAUCCCUCGGUGAAAUACCUGUGCCUUUUGGGGGGAAGUUUGGCCGCUCUCGCAUACGCACGACAUCGCCACCAGCCGCGGGUGUACGCAAUCCAGCUGCGAAAGGAUGAGGUCGCCGAUAAGGCCAUAAAAUUAACGGCCCGCGAACGCCGCUUCAUCAAGUUCGCCUCGGUCGAGUUCGAUGGUCAAAUCUACAUGACGCCGCAAGACUUUCUGGAGUCGGUCGUUGAACAGGAGCCAAGACCAAGACUCAAACGAAAAACGCUGACUCCGGAAGAGGUGCAGAAACUAAAAGACGCCACACCGCAGCUAAAGCACGGAUCAUCGCAACUUUUUCGCAGUUUGCGCGAUAAGGGUAUUAUAUCCUAUACGGAGUACUUAUUCUUGCUGUCGGUAUUAACGAAACCACACUCUGGGUUCCGGAUUGCCUUUAACAUGUUCGACACCGAUGGGAAUCAACGAGUGGACAAAGAUGAAUUCCUGGUGAUUCGACAGCUACUCGGAGGAUCACUCAAGGAUCGUGACCUAGAUGAAGCGACUAGGAAAGCUCUGUUGAACCUGAUAUCAACUACUGCCCAAGCCAAAUUUUUGAUGAGGCAUAAUCGUCGCGAAAAAUCCAAAGAUGCCGUUGAUCAACAAACGCCCCCGGUGAAGAGUAGCAAUAAAAGUGUCAUGGAGAAGAUCUUCAGCUUCGCGUGGAAGGGAAAGCGUGGCAUCGAGAGUAAGGAAGGCGAGGAACCCGACGAACAUGACGACUACGUAGAUGACGAACAGGGUCUGCAGAGAAAGCACAAAGUCGACACCACACUGCAGAUUCACUUUUUUGGAAAGAAAGGCAACCAAGAUCUACAGUAUGACGGGUUCUACAAUUUCAUGAAGAACUUGCAGACCGAGGUGCUAGAGCUGGAGUUCUGUGAGUUUUCCAAGGGCCAUGAACGCAUUUCGGAGGUUGAUUUCGCGAAGAUUUUACUGAGAUAUACUUAUUUGGACACUGACGAGUAUGACAAUUACUUGGAUCGUCUGCUGGACAGAGAAGCGAAGGAGAAGGGUGUCUCCUUCGAUGAGUUUCGUCAGUUUUGCCAGUUUCUCAACAACCUCGAUGAUUUCUCGAUUGCCAUGCGAAUGUAUACUCUAGCCGAUCAGCCGAUUUCGAAAGAUGAAUUCUGCCGAGCCGUCAAAAUCUGCACCGGAUCGGAGCUGAACUCGCAUCUGAUAGACACCGUGUUUGCCAUCUUCGAUGAGGAUGGCGACGGGCUACUAUCGUACAAGGAGUUCAUUGCUAUUAUGAAGGACCGGCUGCACCGGGGAUUCAAAUCGAACGUCAAAUCCGAAGGAUGGGAAGCCUUCAAACAUUGUCUCAAGCAGGAAAUGAGACAGAAUGCCUAAACAAGUCGUCUCCGCCCUAGCGAAUCAUCCAAGCAGCAUAUUUCAUAAGCGCCGAAAUUUUACUACUCACGUGUCCUUUUUCCGAACCAAAAAAAAAACCAUGUAUUGUUCUUGGGUAUUUAAGCACUCAAGUCUAAAACUAAAAUGAUGCUACUCUAAUGUCCUAUAAGCUUAAUGCUGGCUAUGCAACGUUGUGCUAUGUUAUAAAGUAAUCUCUAUUAUUUUCACCUUUGAGUGUGAUCAUGUGUUAUUUCCCAGCUUCUAAAGCAGGCGAAAGUUAGCAAAUAAUUCUUUACUCGGUUGUACCGACCGAAAUUAUUUAUUAAAUAUGGUAAAAACUAACUUAUUCAAGUUUGAGUAUUGCUUAGUUCAAUUGUUGUGUUGAAACUAGAACAUUUAACGUUAGUGAAAAACUGAUUAUCGUUUACGUGUCGGACGAUGCCGAAUAGCUCCUUUCAAAGCCAAAGUUUGCAAAACGAACAAAAUCCUUAUUAUUCAAUAUGCAUUUUAAUCAUCUAGCUAAAAUUCUCAGAAAAGUUGAGACACACGGAAUGUUGAAUAAAAAGAUACAUUAGAGAAAAAUAUAA